GGUCGAGAACCUCCAGUGGUGGUCCGGUACAGUAAGGCGACAAGUGUAGUGGACGUCGUGGAUCGAUGGAUGGCGGCCGAGAUGAGGUGCUGAAUUAGCUGAAGAAGAAUUUGGCCGCUGCUAACAACCAAAUGAAGCAGCUCGUAGAUGGGACUCGUCGGGAGGAGGAAUUCGAGGUCGGCGAUUUGGUGUUGCUGUUGCUGCACCUUUAUCGACAGACAUCUGUCUUUCGAUGCUCUUACCAGAAACUUGCAGCCCGAUAUUUUGGACCGUACAUGGUUAUUGAGAAGGUGAACCCGGUGGCCUAUAGAUUGCAUUUGCCUGCAGAGGCUGCCAUCCACGCUACCUUUCAUGUAUUUUUACUAAAAUGGUACAGGGGGUCGGCGAAUCAGGAGGAAACAACAGCGCCACCAAUGUUUGUAGAUGGUGAUUUGGAGUUGGAGCCGCUGGAGGUGUUGGAUACGAAGUGGGUGCGUCGGGGCGGUCGUUUGCGCGAAACCAGCCUGGUUCGAUGGAGACAUGGUUCACCGGAGGACGCCACGUGGGAGGACACAGAGACAUCACAUCAGACAUACCCAACUUUUGACAUUGAGGAUCAUGUCGUUUCUGAAGGGGGGAGGGAUGAUAGAAACUCGGUUGAGGGCGGGUCGGUCGAGUAGGAAAGCCCGAGUGGCUAGUGUUAUUUUAUUAUUUUAUUAUUCCUAUUAGUACUUAAACGUUGGUGUUAGUUCUGGAAGGGUUAUGAAUAAGAUUACAUUGAAAAC